AUGACGUUGUCGAAUUCGGUUUAUCUUCAAGAGAAAACAAUCAAGUGGGAGUUUGAAGUGAAGGAGGAGGAAGUCGUCAAUGACGAUGCAUUUAUCGGUGCCAGUUACCACCUGGGUGGAAACGGUUUGAAAGAGAAGGUGUUGAAAGGUAUUUCAGAUGAAGAAGUCUACAAAUUGCAAUUCAAUUGCAUAGAUAAGGCUGAAUCAUUUUACAACAUGUUAGCAAAAGUAGCCGGAUUUGGUAUUCGAAAAGAUGAUUUGAAGCGAGACAAGAAUGGAGAUAUAAUAUCUCGAAAGUGGGUGUGUUCUAGAGAAGGACAGCGAGCGAAAAAGUUUAUUGAAAAUGACAAGCGACAGCGUGAGCCACGAUCAUUGACUAGGGUUGGAUGUGAAGCUACAUUUCGUGUAGGCUUGAAUAGGAAAAAUGGAAAGUGGAUUGUAAAGGAAUUUAUAGGAGAUCAUAAUCAUAAUUUGGUCGAUGCUAUCAACACACAAUUCCUUCGGUCUCAUCGAACAAUAAGUAAUCCAGAUAAGGCACAAGUUGAUGUUUUGCGUAAAGUAGGUGUUAAAACCACAGAAAUUAUGGACUAUAUGGUCAAACAAUCAGAGGGACAUGAGCACGUCGGUUUCACACAAAAAUAUAUAUACAAUCACGUUGAUGCAAUGCGUAGAAGUGAAAUUAAAGACGGUGAUGCAGAAGCGGCAUUGGCUUAUUUGUGUGGAAAGACAGAAAUGGAUUCUUCAUUUUUUUAUAAAUUCAACAUUGAUGAAGAAAGUCGACUAGCAAAUUUGUUUUGGGCUGAUUCAACUGCUCGAAUGGAUUAUGCGUGUUUUGGAGAUGUCCUAGCAUUUGACACAACCUCUAGGACAAAUGCCUAUAAAAAGCCUCUAGUAGUGUUGGUCGGUGUUAAUCAUCACCACCAAACUGUUGUAUUUGGUUGUGCGUUAUUGAUAGAUGAAAGUGUUGGGACAUAUGAAUGGGUGUUGGAGACAUUUCUUGAUGCAAUGAUGAAUAAGAAACCCAUAUAUGUUGUAACCGAUGGGGAUAAAGCUAUGCGUAAGGCAAUUAAAAAAGUAUUACCCGAUACGUGUCAUCGAUUGUGUUCGUGGCAUUUGCAACGAAAUGCAUUCACGAAUGUGCAUAUUAAGGACUUCUCAAGCAUAUUUGCAAGGUGCAUGUUCAUGUGUGGGAAUGAAGAAGAAUUUGAAAAGGUUUGGCAUGAAAUGGUUGCAAAUUUGGGACUUAAUGAGAAUUGUUGGGUGACCGAAUAUAUGGGAAACGUAAAAGAUGGGCAGAGGUGUAUUUACGUGAAAAUUUCUUUGGAGGGAUGA